AUGACCCGCAAGAGAUCAGAAGUCGUUGCCGGUUGUCGUGGAUGUCGUCGCUUCGAUAGAGACGAGCGCACAAUCAAAUUGCAAGGUGUGGUGGCUGACUUUCGCACUAGGCCCAAUUUGGAUCUUAGCGACAGGAUGUCUAGAUUCCCUGCCCGGAUUAUUCUAUGUCCGAUCACCGAGAUCCCCGGAUGUACCUUGAUUAUGUGA